UCAUGCUGCUACGAAAAUGGAUAGCUGGUGGUGUCUGCAAAAGUCGUGCUCGUCUGGAUGGAAAGACUGUCGUGAUUACUGGUGCUAACACUGGGAUUGGCAUGGAAACUGCAAAAGAUAUGGCUCGUAGAGGGGCUCGGGUAGUGAUGGCUUGCCGGGACCUAACUCGUGCUGAGAAUGCUGCGGACUGUAUUAGACGCUCCACAGGAAACGGCAAUGUAGUCACCAGACACUUAAAUCUGGCCUCUCUCUACUCUAUCCGAGAAUUUGCCAAAGAGUUCAUAGCAACAGAAGAACGACUGGAUAUACUUAUAAACAAUGCAGGUGUUAUGAUGUGUCCAAAGUGGAUCACAGAGGAUGGCUUUGAGACACAGCUGGGUGUCAAUCAUUUGGGACACUUUCUUCUGACCAAUCUACUGUUAGGAAUGCUAAAGAGAUCCUCCCCCAGCCGUGUAGUUAACGUGUCCAGUAUUGCACAUGUUGGUGGAAAGAUUGAAUUUGAUGACAUGUUCUUUGACAAAAUGCCUUACAGUCCUUUGCUCAGCUAUAAACAAAGUAAGCUGGCCAAUGUGCUUUUCUCUAGAGAGCUUGCACGAAGAUCGAAAGGUACAGGAGUCUCCUCGUUCUGCCUGCAUCCAGGAGUGAUUCGAACAGAGCUGGUAAGGCAUAUUCUUGUACGGUACCCGGUGCUGAAGAUUAUACUGUCUCUGCCCUGUAUUCUGCUGAUGAAAACUCCCUGGCAAGGCGCACAGACCUCUAUCUACUGCGCCGUCACUGACGGCUUAGAGAGCAAGUCUGGCUGCUACUUCAGUGAUUGUGCCGAAAAAGACCCUGCGCCGGAAGGAAAAGAUGAUGAAGCGGCAAGAAGGUUGUGGGAGGAAAGCGCUCGGCUGGUUGGACUGAACGUCCCCCACUGAUACAUCAUACUACCACCUCCAACAAUCUUACCAAUGAGGUGGCCACAGAUGUGAAGUCACGACAGAAAAAGUGUCAAGGCAAAUUACACAGUUUGCGUCAGAAGAUGUAUUUUUUUGUAUUCUUGGAAAAGUAUAAUCAAGAAAAAGUGAAGAGAAUAUAGCCGCCUCGCUGGGCUUUCAAAGAAACUGAUCACAUGUCAGAUAUAUUAAACGCUGACAGAUUUAGGGAAAGAGCAAAAAAGCAUGUAGUGGUUUGUUUGUUAACCAUCCAGCAAUGAAUUGAUUUCAAGGAUGAAUUCCUGAUGAUGUAAUUAUGCCCAUUCUAGUACAUUUUACAUCGUGCCUAUAUCUUAUUAAAAAACAAGAGCUGUAGUGUGUCCAGUAUGUGCAUACAUAUAAAGUGUGUAGAUUGUAUUUAUUAUGUCUAUAUAGCUGAACCACUAGAUGGCGGUGAAGAUGUGCUUUUGAAAGCACUUGCCAUGCUAUGCAUUCCCACUACCUAGAUUACGAAACUGUUUCUCUCCACAAUGGAGCACUGCAGAUCAAUUGAAAGAAAAUAUAUGAUGUGAUGGAAAGAAGCAGAGACUGAAUCACAUGACCGCCUUGUGAUGUGGUUGUACAUAUGCAGUUAUGUAACAGUCACUCUACGAUCAAUAUAAAACUGUCCCUCUUGUAUUUGCCUUUGAUUGGAUUUUGCUUUUUUUCAUUUUUAUUGAC